UGCGCGCAGAGAGGCUGUGGCGGGGGAAGGCGUCCGUGGGGCCGACAGGCGGGUUGAAGGAGGGAAGCGAGCGAGCGAGCGAAGUCCCAGAGCGCGCCGCGUCGGCCGGGUACCCUCCCCUUCCGGGCGUGAGGCGCUGUGAGAAAAGCCGAGCGGAGCGGACUCCACCGGCAGCGAGACGCCGCUCCCGCUGCUCCAGUCCAGCCUCCCUACGCUUCGGCGCUCCGCUCGCGGGCCCGGCUUUCUGAGCACACCCAGCUCCAGCCGUCCCCAGAGCCUGUCCCAGACCUUCAGAAGCCCCGGCGCCAGCCCGGGCCCUUGGCGGGGAGGAUGACGGAGCUGCAGUCGGCGCUGCUACUGCGAAGACAGCUGGCAGAACUCAACAAAAAUCCAGUGGAAGGCUUUUCAGCAGGUUUAAUAGACGACAAUGAUCUCUACCGGUGGGAAGUCCUUAUUAUUGGUCCUCCAGAUACACUUUAUGAAGGUGGUGUUUUUAAGGCUCAUCUCACUUUCCCAAAAGAUUAUCCCCUCCGGCCUCCUAAAAUGAAAUUCAUUACAGAGAUCUGGCACCCAAAUGUUGAUAAAAAUGGUGAUGUUUGCAUUUCUAUUCUUCAUGAACCUGGUGAGGAUAAAUACGGUUAUGAAAAACCAGAGGAACGCUGGCUCCCUAUCCACACUGUGGAAACCAUCAUGAUUAGUGUCAUUUCGAUGCUGGCAGACCCUAAUGGGGACUCACCUGCUAAUGUGGAUGCUGCGAAAGAAUGGAGGGAAGACAGAAAUGGGGAAUUUAAAAGGAAAGUUGCGCGCUGUGUAAGAAAAAGCCAAGAAACUGCUUUUGAGUGACAUUUAUUCAGCAGCUAGAAAUUUCAUUUAUUUCAGGGUCUCCAAUUGAGAAACAUGGCACUGUUUUCCUGCACUCUACCCACCUAUUGCUGGACUUCUGUUGUAACAAGUUGGCAAACACUGGCUGGAACUGGUCUGCAAUAAAACAUGCCAGUCAUCAUUGCUGACAAGAGCCUAACAAGUGCCAACUUUCAGAUGAUUACGCAUUUUGAAUUCUAAUGAACUGUUUUAACCUUCAGGAAGAAUUGUAAAGACCUGUACAUAGCACAACAUGAUCUGGAUAAUAUAUAUACUGUUCAUGUACAUCCACACAUACACCUUGUACCAAAUAAUGCUUUCUUGUAGUAGAGUAAGAAUCGUGUAAAUUCUAAAAGAUUUUAGCAGGUUUUCUUUCCUUAUUGUUUCUUAUUGGUUUUAAAACUCCUUAAAGCAUGUCAGGUGAAAAGCAAUUAGGAUUAAAAGUUUCCAUUUAAUUUCCUUUAAACCAUUGAGGCUUCAUUAAACUCCUUUCUUCUUUCACAUACUAAACUUUUCUAUCUUCUUUGUUUUGACACACUCCCUUUUGCUUUUCUGUCUUCUAUCUGCCAGAAAGUUCUCAAGUCAUUUAGCUGAAAUACUGAAACAGUUAAUAAGCAGUUACUUGAUUUUUAAUGAUGACUCCAGAGGAGUGGUCAU